GAAGGAAGAAGUCCCUAUGUCUUAAAAAAGAAACUGAGGAAAUUCAGACAUACCCAAAAAGCUAAAAUUUUGAUUAAUUCAGAGAAAGAAAUUCAUCUGGAGAAAUCUUGGAAGGAGCAAGAGAAUAAAAUGAAAAUGAUUACUGAGGAGACUAAGAGUAUGCUACAUGAAAGUGAUAGAUCAAUCCCUUGGCUUAAUACGGACUUUCUUCAAAAUGAUAUUUUUGAAAACUCAAAACAUUUGCUUAACGAGUCUACAAGAAACUCACGAAUCCAUACAAGAAGGCACUCGAAGCAUAUGGAAGAGAAGAGGCAUAUCACUCGAAAACAAUCUGUAAUCUCAGUGAUUAACACCGGAAACUUACUAGCAGCUCCACAGUCAAAUUUCCGGAACUCGAUAAAGCUGACUACUAAGCCACAUUACCCAGAGCUUCCAAAUAAUUGAGUUUCAACAAGCAGGAAGGAUCUUUCCCAUAAAUCGACAAAAAGGAAUUUCAAAAUUUCAGCAAAUCUUCUAAAUCCCCCAAAAUGCUCAAAAGAUCACGCUGCUUUUGUAAAUUCAAAAAAUAGCUUAUUUUUCAGAAACAAAAAGUUUAGGGAGAAGGCUAACGAGCUAAAACGAAAUACCGUUGCUAGAAGACGUCAUGCUCGAUCUACGUUCUCAGCUCAAGAUUGAGCGAAACAGUGCGUGAAGGUAUAUGAAAAUCCGUUUUUUAAAGACCAACAUUUUGAGAAGAAUAAAGAUCGAUUUUCGAAAGAAAACCAGCAAAAUGCAGAUAUUCAUACUGGUUUUGGUCAUUGCUCUUCAGUGCAGUAUUCAGCAGAUUUUCAGAAUGAUAAAGAUUUUAAGAUGAUACAAAAACUUUCAAAAGCAAGCCUUUUUAAAUAUUCCAAAAAUUACUCAAGAGUUUUAAGUAAUUCUCACGAGAAUAGUCAUGAAAUAAGUCAAAGUGGAGAACAAGCUAUACAGCAGAACUCUUCAAAGAAUGUGACUAACUCUUUGGCAAAGGCAUUGAGUAAGAAUCAGGGUAGGAAUAUGCUCACAAACAGAGUUUCACACUUAGGACUCACAAAUAAUUCUCAUGAUUUGGAAGAUUUUCUUAGGUCAACUGUGGAGAAGACCUUCAGACCUGCAAGGAUUUACCUGAACAACCCGUUUACAGAGAGAAGUCAGGGCCCAAGUUCAUAG